AUGCCUCUUACAAUCCCUAGCAGCAUGUACGCGUGGCGUAAGCAUAGAGGCAACGCUGACCCUGUGUGGGAAGAGGUUCCUGUCCCUUCAACACCACCUACAGGCUUCUUGUGCAAGAUGAUCGCAUCGGGCGGUAGGUUUUCAGAGCUGCCCUUCAGACCAAUUCUCCAUCCGGAGGAUGAGAAGGCUAAUAUUCUGAAUGUCCUACUAGUCUGCCAUAGUGAUCAUUCGCUCCUUACAAAUGACAAACAACGCCCUUGGUUCCAGGAGAAAUAUACCUUAGGACAUGAGGGGUGCGGCGAGAUCAUCAAGAUAGGUCAACGCGUCCAAGAUACGAGGUUCAAAAUUGGAGACAAAAUUGCGCUACUUGCCGUGCCGGGAUGUGGACAAGAUGCCUGUGUCGAGUGCUCAAGAGACCUUGCGCAACUAUGUCAGCACGGCCACCACUCUGGUAUCGGACAAGAUGGCUUCUAUGCGCCAUAUGCUGCGAUCGAUGUACGAGGGGCUGUCCCAUUGCCCCAGAACGUUACACCGUCAGCAGCCGCGGUAGCCACGGAUGCCGUAACAACGGCAUAUCAUGCCAUUACGCGACGUGGGAAGGUCACCCGCAACGAGACAGUCUUUCUCUUUGGGCUUGGAGGCCUCGGGUUCAAUGCCUUGCAGAUAAUCAAGCACAUAGGUGCGAGAGUAAUUGUAUCGGAUAUCAGGCAAGAACGACUCGAUGCCGCCGCAAGGUUGGGAAUACCACGUGAAGACCUGGUACCUGCUGGCAGUUCGGUCCAAGAUUUCAUAAGAGAACGAGGUUUGGAAAACAAGAUUGACACGGUCCUAGAUUUCGUCGGCACACAUCAAACUUUCGAGGACGCACAGCAGAUUGUCCGGAUUGCUGGUAAAUUGGUAUGCAUCGGCACUUUGGAUCUAGAGAAUACGGUACACAUGAAAAUAGGCAUUCGCAAGCGACUGAGUAUUGUAUUCUCCUACGGGGGACAGCUACGCGACUUGGAAGAUGUUCUUGCGUUGAUAGCAAUGGGUGCUAUUGAACCCUACGUGGAAGACAUGGGUCUCGAUGAUUUCCCACGAGUACUGAAGGACCUUUGUGAUGGGAAAAUCAAAGGUCGGAUUGCACUUUUACAGAAACAGGAUAGAUAG